UAUCCAGCCCGAUACACUUCAACGCACAACUGUCCAGUACGUCUAAAUUAUGUCCACUUAACUCAAUUAAUAAUUAUCUCUUUUUUAUUGCCAGAGAGAGAUGCAGAGGCCUGGAGGAAAAAAAUUGAAAGGGAAUCGAAUCCUUUCCAACCCACGCCAGUUUUAGAAUUAGCUGCAAGUAACUAUCCCAAUAUUCCCGUGACACCAGAAAAUCGAGGAAUUACACUGCACGACCAUCCCGAUGGUCCCAUUGAAACAUUUGACGCCUUUGUAUGUUUUACGAUUGAUGAUCGUGCUUUUGUCUUGGAAAUGAUGAAAUACCUAGAAAAAUCGCCCUUCAACAUGAAGCUUUGUGUGGGAUUUCGAGAUGUGGUCCCUGGGGCAGCAUGGAUGACUACAUCAGCAGAAAUAAUUGGAAAAAGGUAUAUACAUUAA